CAGACACUUCCCACCCUCCUCCCAGCCAAUCAGUGCGUCUGCCUCCCAACAGACCCCGCCCACCUUCGGGUCACAACCACACAGUGUCUCCAGGUGACUUUCCAAGUCCACAUAGGGUGUUGCGCUCUGAUUUGGCGUUCUAACCGGUCUCUCCGUGUGUCCCCGCGCCCCCAGCUGCAGGCAGUCGGUGAAGAAACCUCUGAACGCCUUCAUGCUCUACAUGAAGGAGAUGAGGCAGAAAGUUCAGCAGGAAGGAGGCAAGAAGGAGAGCGCCGCUAUCAACCGCAUCCUGGGACGCAGGUGGCACACUCUGCCUCACUCUGAGCAGUCCAAGUACUACGAGCUGGCCCAGAAGGAGAGGCUGCUGCACCUGCAGCUCCACCCCGGAUGGUCCGCCAGAGACAACUACGUAGGUCCCACCAACGCACCACCAGCGUGAGCAAAGCCCAAACUUUGACUACCACUGUCUUUGCAGGGUAAGAGGAAGAGGAGGCGGAGUCAGCAACCACCAGGAAGCUCCCUGGGUUAAAGUACGCUCAGGUGACCGUGACACCUGUGGAGAAGGUUUCCAAACUUCAAACACGGAUUUGUCAACUUGAUAAAUGUCAACCAAUGUUGUCCUGUACAGGUGCCGUGCGUUUUUGGGUUGUCUGGGUCUGUGGAGGGCCGUAGAGAGGAGUGGCCACAUCUUGACCCUUGUGCUAUCCUAUGGGUCAAGAUGACCCCACC